CACAGCAAGACAGCAGUGAAGACACACAGCAGCUUCGCAGGGCAGGAGGCCAGUACCUGGAGGACACCAGCUCAGGACAUGGAUCAAUGCAGGACUUUUUUCUUCUGUCUGUGCCUUCUGGCAUCUCAGAGCACCACUGCAGAGGUGAAAACAGAUCUCCGGCGCUUGAUGAUGUUGAUGGAGAAGCCUCUGAGCCGGAGCUUGUCUUCCUCCAUCGGCCCCAGGUACAUCCGGCGCCUGGAGCAGAUGCUGCUUAACUCCACCUUCAAUGGCCACAACUUGACCUUGCAGACGAACUUCAUCCAAUCUCUGGUCUUCAAGUUGGGUUGCAACUUCCCCGGCUUCUCUCUGACCAGUGCCACCCUGGAGCCUGUCCCCCAGGCUUGGGCCCCACAUGGCAUGCAGUUUCCCGCCGAGCUGACCCGGGGUGCCUGUGAGACCUCCCAGCCUACAGAGCUUCGGCUCAUCUGCAUCUACUUCUUCACCGCAAACCUUUUCCAGGAUGGCAGCAACUCUUCCCUGCUCAAUAACUAUGUCCUGGGAGCCCAGCUGGAUCACAGGCUGGUACACAACCUCCAGGAGCCUGUCAACAUUAGCUUCUGGCACAACCAAAGCCUGGAGGGCUACACAGUGACCUGUGUCUUCUGGAAGGAGGGAGCCAGCAAGGGCCGCUGGGGGGCCUGGAGCCCUGAGGGCUGUCACACAGAGCAGCCCUCGUCCUCACAGGUGCUCUGCCACUGCAACCACCUCACCUACUUUGCUGUCCUCAUGCAACUGUCCCAAGACCCAGUGCCUCCCGAACUUCAGGUGCCUCUUAAGUACAUCUCCAUUGUGGGUUGCAGUGUCUCCAUUAUGGCCUCACUGCUCACGAUUCUGCUGCAUGUCCACUCCAGGAAGCAGAGUGACUCCAUCACACGCAUCCACAUGAAUCUGCACGCCUCUGUGUUGCUCCUGAACAGCACCUUUCUCCUGAGUUCUGCAAUGGCCAUGCCCACCAUACCCAGAUCAGCUUGUAUGGCACUGGCUGCCACCCUACACUACGCACUGCUUAGUUGCUUCACCUGGAUGGCCAUCGAAGGCUUCAACCUCUACCUUCUUCUGGGGCGUGUCUACAAUGUUUAUAUUCGCCGAUACUUGCUCAAGCUUUGUGUGCUGGGCUGGGGGUUCCCAGGCCUCCUGGUGUUGCUUCUCCUGGUGGUCAGGAGCUCAGUGUAUGGACCUUAUGUGACCUCCUUCUCCGAGAACCAGGAAAACAGCACAAGUGCUCAGAACAUGUCCAUAUGCUGGGUGUGCAGCCCGGUGGUACACCAUGUUCUGGUCAUGGGCUAUGGUGGCCUCACAUCGCUGUUCAACCUGGUGGUGCUGGCCUGGGCGCUGCGGAUCUUGCUGAGGCUGUGGGCUCGAGACAAGGUGCUGAAUCCCUGGGCCUGCUGGAACACUGUCACGGUGCUGGGUCUCACCAUACUGCUGGGCACCACCUGGGCUUUGGCCUUCUUCUCCUUUGGUGUCUUCCUGGUGCCCCAGCUCUUCCUCUUCACCAUCUUCAACUCAUUCUACGGUUUCUUCCUUUUCCUGUGGUUCUGCUUCCAGAGGUGUCGCUCAAAGGCUGAGGCUGAGGCAGAGAUGGAGGCAGCCAGCUCCUCCCAGACUAUGCACUAACCUGCUACCUGGCCUGCAGCCCCAGACUCUCUGACUGCUGUUAGCCCAAGACCUAGGCCCUCCUGGGGGGGCCUUUUCCACCUCUGUGAAUUACCCUGGUACAGAAGGCAGGGCAUGGCUCUGUGUUCCAAACCCUCUGUAACCUGGAGGCAGCCCUGAUGGACACCCUGUGGACAGGGCACAGGCCUGGGAGUCAGAAUGCCAUGUUCUACUUUCUUCCUGGUGAGGAAUGGACUGCACCUGGCCUGCCUUGCUCAACACUUACAGAGACCCACCCAGCGUCAGCUCUCACCAACCUGUGGCCUAUGCCUGGGGCCAGUUUUCCUUAACCAACCCCAAAUGAUGGUGAUUCCAACUCUGAGCCCUCUUCCCAAAGAUUGGGAAAUUCAGUCCUCCCCUAUCAGUGCUCCCCAAAUCCCCACAGGCCUCGUAAACCAGCAGCCAAAGCCAGGGCCUCUGUUUUUUUUUCCCUGAAGCUGAGGGAGCUGGACCUGAAGGACUCAGGUCUUAGACCAUUGUAUAGGAUUUAAUUCUCCUGCUGGACGUGAGGGUGUGUGUUCACAGUCCACAAACUUUCUGCACACAAGUGGAGAGAAUCCACGUUGCCCGGCCUGUCAGACCAAGUGGGCGACAGUGUUCAUUAAGCCAGUGCUUUCCCCUGGUUGGACACCAGGCGGUGCUGUUGGCCUGUGCGCCAAGACAAGUCACCUGUCUGAGAACCUGUGCACUAGCUGGAGUGGCUGGGACCUCCAGGACUAUCCCUGUGGAGCAACUGGCAGGAAGCAUGAGCCAUUCACAUAUUUAUUGUCUCUCUCCCUGUACAGCUGACCAAGGUCACUCUUGAGGGCUUGUGCCCAGGCAUUAGACCAGCUGGCCAGCACAGACUCAGGACCUGUGCCAGCCAUCAGUGAGGGAAUUGGAGCUGGAUCCCUGUCCUCCCAGGGGUUACUUGGCCUGCCUGGGGGUUUCUGGAUUUCUAUAGCUCCUCACUGGCUGGUACAGGCUCUGAGUCUAGACACCAACUCUGCCACUUGCUAGCUGUGUGUCUGUGGACAAGUCAUUCAACCUUUCUGUGCCUUAUUUUCUACAACAGGGACAAUAGUAGUAGCUUUUGAAGAUUCAGUAAAAGACUUCAUUUAAGUCUCAGCACAGUGAGUCUUUACUAAAUGAUU